AUGGGGCCAAAGUUAGCCACCGUCUCGCUAGUUCUACUAACACUCUUCACAAACUCAUUACAACAAUCCCCGUAUUCAUCAUCAACGCCAGAAUGUCCCGCCUACUACAGUGGAAGCAUCGCAGGAAACUCGUGCAGCCAGGAGUACUCUAUAUGCGUCGACGGAAUUCGACAAGCAGCAAAAUGCAGCGAGGGUUUUGUUUUCUACGAAACUGGGUGUAUUCCAACGGAAGACUCUCCUGAAUGUCAAUUAGCCGAUGACACCGAGGAAGAACCUUAUGAGCACUUCGACUGUUCGUCAAGAAACGAUGGACUAUAUUCGCUCGGGUGCAUCAACCAGUUCGUUAACUGUGUAGCUGGUCAAGCUUACCAAAUGUACUGUCCUGACGAUCUAGUUUUCAAUGGCAAGACACAAGACUGUCAGGAAUCGUGCGACGACGUUGAAGAGGAUGUUAUCACCACCACUUCUGCUGCCUAUAAAAGCGAUGAUGACAGCGAAGGCUACGACGAAGGUUCAGGCGAGAACGAAGGGUACUACGAACCUCAACCAACUCCCGAACAACCUGAUACGGUAGACUUUGACUGUAACGGUCUAGAGAACAAAAACUAUGCUAAUGGAUGUUCUGAUAUCUUUUACACUUGCACCAAUAACGUAGCUUUCAAGAGAUAUUGCCCACAAGGAACAGUCUUCAAUCCAAAUCAACAGGUUUGUGAUUACGAUUGUACAACGACGGUUAUCACGACGACUCAACAAUAUGUGUCGACAACUAAUGCGGAUGUUCCAUCAACCACUGCGUCCACAACAUCGGAGUACAAAACCACUCAAGAAGACCCAUCAGUGUAUACUUCCACUCAGAAUGAUCAGAAUGAUUUCACAACAAGGACCACCGCAUCAUACGAAACCACACCUGGUUUCGAUAACACCGUUCAGCCUAUCGCUUCCACUACUACUCAAACUGCAAUCAUCUGCCAAGAAGGACAAGUAACUACGUUUGGAAUGUGCUCAUCUCGUUUCGAUCGUUGUCAGAACAACUCUGUUCGUUCAAAACAAUGCCCGGUCAACACUCUUUUUGAGUCAUCGUUAGUUUUGUGCGUCUUCGAUCUUCCACAGUGUCAGCCUAUCACUGUUUCUUCUACUCCAACGUACAACUUCUAUGGAGGAGCUCCUUCUGAUACAAUUGUUAGUCCUUUUGAUGAGAACGUUCGUUUGAAGCCGAAGUUUAAUAGACGACCCAGCUACAAUUACGGACCAGUCGGACGCCCAGUUUAUGGAAAUCAACAAAUGGAGAAUCCAUUUUUCAUUCCGCGACAUCGUCCUUAUGGAGGAGACCGUCACCGAAGCUAUCGCCGACGUCAUAGUGGACCAGUCGCUGACUCACCAUUUUCCACCUGGAUGCGAGGACGUGCUGCUCUAAACGAUCAAUUCAAGGACUACAGGCGUGCCAGAUCUGGAAAAAUUCAGUAUGGAGAAGCCAGAAAGGUUGAAGGAUCCAAAAGAUUUAUUCUUGAUGACGAGUUCGAUGGACCAAAAGCAAAGUUUGUUGAAUCUAGUAUCCAACACAUCUUCCCAGAAGACCGUCACUCAAAGAAAACAUUAGGACCAGAGGAAGACCCUGAUGGGUACAAAGAUGACAAAACUUUCGAUGCCAAAGAUUUGUUUGGGGCCACAAGAAGAAAGCGUUCUGCAUACUAUGGAUCACAACAAUCUGGGUAUGGACAACACACCGCUCAAAUUAGUUCUCGACAAGCUCAAGUCAACAAAGAUUGCCAGCAGUACAAUACUCCAACUUUCCUUACCUUCGGAGAUUGCUUCGAUCAAUUUAUCUAUUGUUCUGGUAACGGAAUCAACAGAAUGGCCGCAUGCCCUAUCGGGGAGACAUUCAACAAGGCUCUCCGUGCUUGUUCGGAGACUUGCGGAGUUUCUACACCAGUUGUUACCGUAACAGUUGGAACCACCCAGACCUCUGAUGACUCUGUCUCGUCUUCAAGCUCGUAUGACGGCAUUUCUUACGCGACAACCGUUCCUUCUUCAUAUGAGGCUUACACGACCGAUACUCCAUCUCGAGAUCUGGAAUACACCACUGCAACAUGGGAUGAUCAGUCGGAUAGUACUUCACAAUCCUGGAUUGAUCAGCAGUCUACAACUGCAGCCCCUAUCGGAAGUCGUUGCUCGUCUGUUCCAUCAGGACUUUUCUCCAUAGGAUGUUCGAAUAAAUAUAUUCAGUGCUCCAAUGGUGCUGCAAUCGUUCGUUCUUGUGGAGGAAGUCUGUUUUUUGACCAGGAGAAACAAGGAUGCGAUUAUAAAGAUCAAGUACCUGAAUGUGAUCGCCAAGAAAUUACUACAUACUCUCCGAUUGUUACCCAGCCGGCAGAUGAUGAAACAACUUAUUCUCAUGGAGAACCACCAAAAGACAUUCAAACUACAACCAUUUCUUCAGUAGGAGAUCAAUGCGCUUAUGUGUCUUCUGGUCUAUACUCUAUUGGCUGCUCGCAGAAGUACAUCAUGUGUUCGAAUGGUGCUGCUAUCACUCGUUCUUGCGAUGGAAAUUUGUAUUUCAAUAAAGCUAAACGAGCUUGCAGUUCAAAAGAACAAGUUCUUGAGUGUAGUAUUGCCACUGUCUCCUCUGAUGAUCAGCCUACUGAUUCAUAUGGUUCACCAUCUGAUGAUACUCCAGCAACAACUCUUAAUCCAGUUGGAGAUCGUUGUGCAUAUGUACCAUCUGGUCUCUUCGCUAUUGGCUGCUCUCAGAGAUACAUUCAAUGUUCUAACGGGGUUGCUACGGUCAGAUCUUGUUCUGCUUCGUUGUAUUUCGACCAAGGGAGCGAAUCUUGCACCUUCAGGAAUCAAGUUCCAGAAUGUCAAUCAAAUGAUUUAUCUACUACCGAUUCAAGUCGAGAUGAAACUACCACAUCGGGAUAUGGGUACACUGAUGAAUAUUCUUAUCAACAGUCCAGUACUGCUGUCUCCGAGGAACAAUCAUCAACUACAGCUGGAUAUGAUAGUACCAACAAUUCCAAGGAUCAACCAAGAACAUAUGCUCCUUCUGUUGUUCCUUAUGAUCCAUCUGCUCCUGAGAAAGAAAUGGAUGAACCAGAAGAUGCCUGCGCUGGAUUAUCGGAUGGGAGUCACGGUCAAGGUUGCUCUUCUUCAUUUAUCAUUUGCUCCUACGGUCGUCUAGUCAACUCCGUCACUUGCCCGCUGGGACAAGGAUACGAUCCAUCAGUUCAAUAUUGCCGGACGUUCAGUCAGAUUCCACCUCAAGCAUGUGAUCAAGAAAAGACAACUACAGAUGCUGGACUCGCCCAGCCACUGCCAUACGCUACCUUGGAGGAUGUACUUUCAACCACCCAGCCCACAAUCACAACUACUAUCGGUAACGAUGAGGCAGAUGUGUCGUAUACGACCGAUAACUCUGAAGGAUAUACCACUACAGCUUCGUACGAAGAAGAAUCUUCUGAUGUUACAACUUAUGGAGAAUCUACAACUCCAACAGAGGAUACCACUACAGAGUUUGCCAGUGAUUCUUACACUAGAGCUGAUGAUGAAGAAGAAGAGGAUGGUUAUGAGCAGAAGUGCACUCUCGGAUCUCGAGCUUCCACUGGUUUCUGUGUCCAGGCUUACUUGGAAUGUACUGCUACUGGGUUCGCUGAAAAAUCGUGCAGAGUAGGAAAGCUUUUUGAUACUCACGCCAACAGAUGCGUUCCCCGGAUCGCUUGUGGAAAGGAGGCUAUCCGAGACGCAAUCAAAGAUGUAAUCGCAACCACCAAUGUUCCUACCAAGAAGUUUGACGGAAGAUGUGCUCAUAUUGAAGGAGAUGGAGUUUUCGCCUUAGGAACGUGUAGCAGCAACUACGUUCUUUGUUCAUAUGGUUCUGCUAAACUUCAACACUGUGCUGGAAAUCAAGUUUUUUCAAACGCCAAGUCUGAAUGCGUCAGCCGUGAUUCUACUUCGGAGUGCAACGUUUCAUUGAACCCGCCGGUCAAGAGCUAUUACAAUAACCAUGAUCAAUCAGCGUAUUGCGACGGAAAGGCCGAUGGUCUGUACGGAAACAAGAGAGAUUGCUCUGCAAUUCUCCAGUGCUUCGGAGGUGAAUUAUUCGAGCAUCCAUCUUGUCCAUCGAACCUUGCCUUCAACGAAUUGAUAGGAAAGUGCGAUUACCCACAAAAGGUCAGCGGGUGUGAGAAUCACGGCAGAACGGAUGGUGUGUGCACUGAGCAUGGAUCGUUCAUCGCCGACGUCAACAACUGCUCCGUCUUCUAUCGUUGUGUGUGGGGGAGGAAAGUUGUUAUGAGAUGUCCGUCAGGCACCGUUUUCAAUCCAGCACUGUCGGUCUGCGAUUGGCCAAGUGCUGUUCCAUCAUGCGGUGGUUCAUCUACUGACAAUCACUCUUCAUAUGGCGCUUCUUCGUACAACGAUGAUAACUCGGGAUAUUGA